AGUUUCCCAGGGCAGUGGAGUGGAGCGGAGAGGAGGGGCUGCGCUGCGCGGCGCCGUGCAGCUACUCACCUCUGCCUGAUUCCGAUCGGCACCUCUCUUCCAUCCCUCAACUUGUCCCGGGCGAGGACGGACGCGUCCCCCCCCCCCGCGGUCGGACGCGCUAAAAGUGCCGGGAGAAUGCGGAGCGACGCGGGGAGUCGCCAGGAACCGGAGUGUCUUUGUGCGUCGGGGGUGCUCGCGUUCGGCGACUGCAGAAAUUUCCCAGCGCGUCGACAGUGCGCCGCUUCCUGAUGCGCGCCUGGAGCGGAGCGAUGCACGCGUGAAUGGGGAUGAUUUCCUCCAGCGGCUGAAAUCAUUGGCGUGGUUGUUGUAGUUUAUUAACUUGACUCCUGAAUUCGUACAAAGUCGAAAGAGGAUCUGUUGAGUAAUAGGGUUUUUUUUUCCGCCUGAGGAGGAAUUGAUGCGCCCGUAGCUCACGGGGCCAAUAUGCCAGAAUGGGUCCUCUACAGUAUUUAUUUCUCUGUGGACUUCUGUACGCCCAGUCGGAUGGUUCUCGCCUUCGCCAGGAGGACUCCCCUCCCCGCAUCGUGGAGCACCCCUCUGACCUGAUCGUGUCCAAGGGGGAACCGGCCACUCUCAACUGCAAGGCCGAGGGCCGCCCGGCGCCCACGGUGGAGUGGUACAAAGACGGGGAGCGGGUGGAGACGGACCGCGACAACCCCCGCUCCCACCGCAUGCUGCUGCCCAGCGGCUCGCUCUUCUUCCUGCGCAUCGUCCACGGGCGACGGAGCAAGCCGGACGACGGCAGCUACGUGUGCGUGGCCAGGAACUACCUCGGAGAAGCCGUGAGCAGGAACGCGUCCCUGGAAGUGGCACUGCUACGCGACGACUUCAGGCAGAACCCGCAGGACGCGGUGGUGGCGGUCGGGGAGACGGCCAGUCUGGAGUGCCAGGCGCCGCGCGGGCACCCGGAACCCACCACCUUCUGGAGGAAGGACGCGGCUCGGCUCGACCUCAAGGACGACAGAGUUUCAGUUCGUGGAGGCAAGCUGACCAUCUCCAAUGCCAAGAAGAGCGAUGCGGGCAUUUAUGUGUGUGUGGCAGCCAACAUGGUCGGCGAGCGGGAGAGUGAGAAAGCCCAGCUCUCAGUGUUCGAGCGACCCGUGUUUGUGCAGCGGCCUGUGAACCAGGUGGUCCUGGUCGACGAGAGCGUGGAGUUCAGGUGUCAGGUCCACGGCGACCCGCCGCCCACGCUGCGCUGGAAGAAGGAGGACGUGGACGUCCCCCGCGGCAGGUACGACGUCAGGUACGAUAAGGAGGACUUUCUGCUGAGGAUAAAAAAAGCGUCGGUCAGCGAUCAGGGGACGUUCACCUGCCUGGCAGAGAACCGCGUGGGUAAAGUGGAGGCGUCUGCCUACCUGACCAUCAGAGCUCGCCCUGUUGAGGCGCCUCAGUUCGUGGUGCGACCCCGUGACCAGAUUGUGGCCCAAGGACGCACAGCCACCUUCCCCUGCGAGACCAGGGGCAAACCUCAGCCCACGGUCUUCUGGCAGCGAGAGGGUAGCCAGGACCUUAUGUUUCCCAACCAGCCGACGCAGGGGGAGAGCCGCGUCUCCGUGUCCGUCAACGGAGAGCUGAGCAUUUCGCCCGUGCAGCGCUCGGAUGCGGGGUACUAUAUGUGCCAGGCCCUCACAGUGGCAGGCAGCAUCAUGGCCAAGGCUCAGCUGGAGGUGGCAGACGCCCUGAAGGACCGCCCCCCGCCCAUCAUCAGGCAGGGCCCGUCCAACCAAACGCAGGCUCUGGGAGGCGUGACCCUACUGGGCUGUCAGGCAUCUGGGGACCCAGAGCCCACGGUCACCUGGAGGAAGAACGGGGCCAGUCUGCUCGGGAAGGACCCGCGGUUUUCUCUGCUCGACCACGGGAGCCUUCAGAUCCAGAACACAAAGCUGUCUGACUCAGGGUUGUACGCCUGCGUUGCCACCAGCUCCAGUGGAGAAACAUCCUGGAGUGCCUACUUGGAUGUCAGAGACGCCGCUGACUUCGUAGAAUCCCUCGCUCACAACGCCACGGCUCUCCCAGGACCGCCCUCCAAGCCAGAGGUCACCGACGUUACCAAGGGCAGCAUCUCGUUGUCAUGGGAACCGGGACCGGAGGCGGGCUCCCCGGUGUCCUCCUAUGUCAUUGAGGCCUUCGGCCAGUCAGUGAGUAACAGCUGGCAGACGGUGGCGGAUCACGUGAAAACCACAGAGUUCACCGUCAAAGAUCUACGACCCAAUACAGUGUAUCUGUUCAUCAUUAGGGCAGUCAAUGCCCAAGGGCUCGGCGACCCCAGCCCCAUGUCUGAGCCUGUCCGGACGCAAGACAUCAGUCCCACGGCCCAGGGGGUGGACCACCGGCGCGUGCAGAAGGAGCUGGGGGACGUGGUGGUCAGCAUGCACAACCCCGUGGUCCUCAGCUCCACCACAGUGCAGGUCACAUGGACUGUGGAGAAUCCGUCGCAGUUCAUCCAAGGCUACCGCGUCCUGUACCGGCAGACGUCAGGCCUGCCGUCCCCGGGGCCCUGGCAGAUUCAGGACUUGAAGGUCGCCUCCGAGAGGGACAUAACUCUGUCUGGUCUGAAGAAAGGCAUCGUCUACGAGAUUAAAGUGAGGCCAUACUUCAAUGAGUUCCAGGGGGCAGACAGCGAGUCCAUGACGGCGCGCACCAUGGAGGAAGCACCGAGCGCGCCUCCGCAGCAAGUCGCCGUCCUGACGGUGGGGAGCCAUAACAGCACGUCCAUCAGCGUGUCGUGGGACCCUCCCCCCACCGACCAGCAGAACGGCAUCAUCCAGGAGUACAAGAUCUGGUGUUUGGCCAACGAAACACGGUUCCACGUCAAUAAGUCAGUGGACGCGACCAUCCGUUCAGUGGUGGUCGGGGGUCUGCAGACAGGGGUGCAGUACCGCGUGGAGGUGGCAGCAGGCACCAGCGCAGGGGUGGGAGUCAGGAGCAAAGCCCAGCUCAUCAUCCUGGGUGCAGAACUCAGGGAUGUAAUGACCGGCUCAGAGGGCAACAAUAGCAUCUCAGACGUAGUGAAGCAGCCGGCCUUCAUCGCUGGGCUGGGCGGCGCCUGCUGGAUCGUCCUGAUGGGCUUCAGCGCCUGGCUUUACUGGAGGAGGAAAAAACGGAAGGAGCUGAGCAACUACGCAGUUCAGUCCUUCACCUUUACUCGUGCAGUCACUUUCCAGCGAGACAGAGGCCUGAUCAGAAACGGAAGCCGUCCGGGGCUGCUGAAGGCCGGCGACCCCGGCCUCCCGUGGCUGGCCGACUCCUGGCCCUCCACCAGCCUGCCGGCAAACGGGGGCCUCGGGAGCCCCAAGGGCGGGGGCAACUUCGGCCGAGGAGACGUGCUGCCCUCGGCGGCGGUGGAGAAGACGGGCACCAUGCUGUCGGACGGCGCCAUCUACAGCAGCAUCGACUUCAUGGGCAAGGCCGGCUACAGCAGCCCGGCGCGGGGCGGCCAGCCCAACCCGUACGCCACCACGCAGAUCCUCCAGUCCAACAGCUUCCACGAGCUGGCCGUGGACAGGCCGGACCCCCGCUGGAAGGCGUCGCUCCAGGCCCAGCAGGAGAUGGCCAACCUGGGCUACUCGCUGACCGACAGGCGGCCUGGCAGUGGUGCAAAGGUUGGGAAGAAAAAGAAGGCGAAAGGUGCAUCAAAGGCCUCUAAAUCAAAUGGGACAUGCUGGGCUAACAUGCCCCUGCCUCCACCACCCAUGCACCCACUCCCCGGCACAGAGGUUGACCUUGACUGUUAUCCCCAGGAGAACCACGGAGGAGGAUAUGACGGCAGCUGGGCCCCGUCCAUGUCCCUCCAAACCUACCGCCACCAGAAUCUGGACAACGAGAUCGAGGAGGAGCGAGGUCCCACUCCUCCCCUGAGAGGCCGGUCCUCCUCGCCCGCGGCGGCGGCGGCGGCGGCCUCCUUCGGCCAGCCCUCGUCCUCGUCCCUCAGCUCGGCCCACCACGAGGAGAUGCAGUCCAUCCUGCAGGCCCACCUGGACGAGCUGACCCGGGCGUACCAGUACGAGGUGGCCAAGCAAGCGUGGCACAUGAAGAGCAGCCCUAACAUGUCCAACCCCAGCACCAUUCCGCCUAUGGACUUCAUGUCAAGUGCACUGGGCUCCGAUUUGGGGGCCACCCUUCUGUCUGACGAAGACGAGGAUGAGGAGGAGGAUCAGCGAUACGCCGUGGUGUCGAAGAACCUGUGUGGCUUCGAUUUUCACGGCGUGGAAAACCUCAGCGGCUCAGGUAAGAGCUCCCAGUGCCCCGCAGACGGCUCGGCCACCGCGGACCGUGCAGGACAGAGCACGCAGAGCCUCGGCCACAAGAGGGCGCCGCUGAGCGGCAUCAAACCCCAGACGGAGAAGGUCGGGACGCUGCCCAGACGGCGAGACGGCGACGCAGACGCCCACGCGCCCGCCGCCAAGUCCCUGCACGCCGCGGGCUCCCGCAUGCACAGCUCGUGGGCGGCGGCGGCCUCGGACCCGUCCGACGAGUGCAUGGUGACCGUGUCCACGCUGGAGCGGCAGCACAUGGCUUCCUGGAGCGGCACGACGGCGUCCGGCAGGGCCACCCUGGGCCGGGGCCCCCACAAGAGACCCGGCACAGACCCCCCCACCAACAGCACAGAGAAACGGGAACACUAGUCUUUGUGAAGCGUCGCUGCUCGUCCCAGGACACCGUGUCUGUAAGCGCCACAGAUUCUCUCUCUCUCUCUCUCUCUCUCUCUCUCUCUCUCUCGCCCGCUCUCUCCCUCUCUCUCUCUCGCCCGCUCUCUCCCCCUCUAUCUCUCUCUGUCGCGGCGACACAGACGGAAGCUCUGGAAGACGGAGAUGAGACAGGACGAAGACGGAGGAACAGGGUGCGAGAUGAAAUGCAGAGCUGUAAAUGUCAUGUACAGACACAGACACCAGUCUCACAGUGUUAUUUUCAUCCCCUCUCUUCAAAAGAGUAAACAGUAUGUUACGUGUCCGCUUCUAUUUUUCUGUCACAUGGUGUACAACUGUUCGCACGACGAGGAUGAGACGAAGACGAAUCACAACAGAAGUGACUAAUUCAAACGACAAAGGACUUGCAUAAUUUGUAAAUAUAUUUUUAAUGUUUUCUCUUUUAUUUGCUUUGCUAUGCAAGCCAAACCCUUCAUCGUCUCUUUUGUGAUUUAUUACUGUGAUUCCUUUACUUUUAUUUAUUUAUUGAUGCUCAAACUGUUAGCUUAUUUUGAUGAAGCUACUGUAUUGUUGUACUUUGCACAGAGCGUUUUUUUGUUUUGUUUUUUUUUGGUGAAAAUAAGCACAAACCCGUUGUCAGCUAAGCUGAGGAGGAGAAUCAUAACGGCAAAGGGGGACGUCUACGCUGAACAGAAACAGGCCACAUAUUCAUGGCUGUGCUGUGAUCAUUCUGAGAAUAACAACUCUUAAUCGAUUGUGACAAUACGCUACAAGGACAGAGCAGAUAAAUACUUGGAAAUUAUAAGCCAAAAUACCUGACUGUGUUUAAGAGGCCGCGUCUUUCUAGGAGUCUUAUUAUGCAUUAUACCAGCGAUGACUCCCAGAUGUUUACCGCAACAUCUGUAUGGUAACUAAACCGCACUCCAGCUGCAGUAUCCAAAGCAAAGAUAUAGAAAAAUAGGCCUCAUUUCUCUGCCAGUCCCAAAAAGAAUAUGUUAAUAAAUAAUAUAUAUAUAUAUGCAAAUAUAUAUAUAUAUAUUUGUUUCUUUGAUAGAAUGGCAUGACGAUAGUGCAAUAUUCAGAUGACAAUAUGACAUUAAGAGCAAUGGGAAGAUGGACGUGAGUUGGCGUCACCUUAGUGGAGCAGAGACUUGUUUAUUUAAAAGUCACAGGGAAGAAACAUAUGAUGCAGGACUCAUUGUCAUUUACCGUGAUGUUCAAACAUCAAAGAACGCACGCCAUGUUUGUUCCCGUGUGCGGCGCUGAGAAACGGUGACGCCUUGACACCAUCUUGCAAAGAUGUAAAGAUUUGACAGAUUUGCCCAAAUUCAAAGAGCUUUUUUUUUUUUUUUUUUUUUUUAACGCAGCCAAUUAGUGUUUUCUGCCUAAGAGAUUCACAUUGUGCUGCCGUCACACUUAUUGGGGCGGCGUGUUCUGAUCGUUGUUCUGAGAAUGGAUCUCCUUUGAAGACUCUUCACCUGCCAGAUUGGUUUGCCCUCAGGAAUACACAGCCACAUACAGUAGGGCCGUUUUUCAAUCAAUUUGAUGCAAAAUAAAACGUGUAUGUGAAAAUCA